AUGGGUUUAGUUAAGCAAGUGAAAUUUGGAAAUACAGGUUUAAAAAUCUCCCCAAUUGUUGUGGGAUGUAUGUCGUAUGGUUCAAAAUCGUGGGAUUCUUGGGUGAUGGAAGACAAGGAGCAAGUAUUCAAGAUUUUGAAAUACUGUUACGACCAAGGUAUUCGUACUUUCGACACCGCUGAUAUUUACAGCAACGGUAAAAGUGAACAUUUACUGGGUGAGUUUUUGAAACACUACAAUAUCAAUAGAGAGACGGUUGUAAUCUUAUCCAAGAUCCGUUUCGCCGUUGACGAGUCGUUGCCAAUGACUCUGCUUCUAAGUACUCUUUAUGGUGCUGAUGAACAAACUGCUUUGACAUUGGCCAACCAAGGUGGUCUAUCACGUAAGCACAUUAUGGAUGGUGUUGCUAAAUCUGUCGAAAGAUUAGGAACCUACAUUGAUGUUCUUCAGAUCCACAGAAUGGAUUACGAUACCCCAAUGAAGGAGACCAUGAAGGCUUUGAAUGAUGUCAUCGAACGUGGUGACGUUAGAUACAUUGGUGCAUCCACUAUGAAAGCCACGGAAUUUGCAGAAAUGCAAUUCAUUGCUGAAAAGAAUGGCUGGUUCAAAUUUUCUAGUUGGCAAUCCAUGUAUAAUUUGCUAUAUCGUGAGGAUGAAAGAGAAAUCAUUCCUUUUGCCAAGAAGCAUAAUGUAGCGCUAAUUCCAUGGUCUCCAAACAACAGAGGUCAAUUGACAAGACCGUUAGGUCAAACAACUGCAAGAUCAGAUACUGACGGUCGUUUGAACCAGGCCACUGAGGCUGAUAAGGAGAUCAUUAAACGUGUGGAAAACGUUGCAAAAGACAAGGGUUUGAGUAUGGCUCAAGUCUCUUCUGCUUGGGUCUUGAGUAAGGGCUGUUAUCCUAUCAUCGGUAUGAGUUCUAUUGAACGUGUAAAGGAGGCUAUUGGGGCACUUGAUGUUACAUUGACGGAUGAUGAUUUGGCUUAUCUUGAAGAGCCAUAUCAACCAAAAAAGCAACAAUAA